UAUGCCUAUUACGCCAUCAGUUUUGGUGUGCAGCAGCUAUCCGGAAGUUUAUGUUUGAACCUUUUUCUAUUAAGUGCUGUAGAGAUUCCGGCACAAUCAGUUACUUGGUUCUUUAAUCAUUACAUUGGUAGAAAGAAGACAACAAUGAUGUUUUUCAUUAUAGCUUCAUUAGCUGGUGUCGCCGUUGGAGUAAUACAACUACUAGAGAUACCCAAUAAAGGUCAUCUUAUCAACGGUUUUGCUUUGACGUCAAAACUUGGUGUUGCAGCGGGGUGGGCUUCGUUGAUGCUUCUUACUUCAGAAUCUUUUCCAACAGUUGUCAGAAAUAUAGGAUAUGGAAUUCAAAAUUCAGUUUCACGCAUUGGUGCCAUGAUAGCUCCUCAAAUAGUGUAUGUGAGCCAACGUACUUCUGGAGUUAUGUAUUUCCUCUGCGGUGGUGUCAUGUUCAUUUCCAUGCUUUGUCUGAUCGGAGUUUCAGAAACUGGCAAAAAAUCUCUUACGGACACCAUUGAAAAGAAAGAGAAGAUGUAUACGAAGUCAGAUGUCAGAGUAAAAACCAAAACAACAAAAGAUAAUAAAAGAUUUGAAUGUGAAUAUUCAUCACACCUAUAA